ACCAUGGCCAGCAACAGCCCGCAGCACCAGCCCACCAUCGGCUUCCCCCGCAGGAGGAGCGCCCGCCGCCUCGCCGCUCCCCCGGCCAAGACCGACGCCGAUCUCACUGCUCUGCGCCCUUCACCCGACCUUAGAGCCCCUGAGCCCGCCCCGGGGACUCCCUCAGCCCGCACCAAAGCGCUGCCCCUGAGUCCCCGCAAGCGGCUGGGUGAUGACAACCUCUGCAAUGUCCCCUGUGCCCUACCCUGCUCCCCGGCCAAGCGCAGCAAAGAGAACCAGGGGCGCCGCUUACUCUUUGGGGACCCCCCGGCCUCCCCUGAGAAACCCAGCAGCCCGGGGCCAUCCCCACGGCGGGGGGGACAGGAGACCCCCCGCAAUUCGGGGCAGCGUGCCCGGACCCAGCUCUUCAGGCAGGAAGGUACCUGCUACCAGCAGGUGAAGCGGGUGCUGCAUGCAGCUGUGCCUGACCGACUCCAUGCCCGGGAGAAGGAGAUGGGAAUCAUCCGGCAGUUCCUGAGGGAACACAUCUGCGGCCGCCGGCCCGGCAGCCUCUACGUUUCCGGAGCCCCUGGGACAGGGAAAACAGCCUGUCUGAGCCGUGUCCUGCUCGACUGCAAGGAUGAACUCGCCAGGAGCAAAACCAUCGUCCUGAACUGCAUGUCACUGAGCAGCCCCCAAGGGAUCUUCCCUGCCGUGGGGCAGCAGCUGGGCCUGCCCGUGGCCACCGGCCGGGAGGGUCUGCGCAAGCUGGAGGCGAAGCUGACAGCCCAAGGGCCCAUGGUCCUCCUGGUGCUGGAUGAGCUGGACCAGCUGGAGAGCAAGGGGCAGGACGUGCUCUAUACCCUCUUUGGAUGGCCUCAGCUGCCCGGCUCCAGGCUUGUCCUCGUGGGCUUGGCCAACGCUCUGGACCUGACAGACCGCACCCUGUCUCGGCUCGGCGCCCGCCCGACCGGCAGCCCCCGCCUGCUGCACUUCACGCCAUACACCCGGGAGCAGCUCACUGCCAUCCUGCAGGAGCGUCUGGGGCAGGUGGGUGGUGACCCUGUCCUGGACGCUGCCGCACUCCAGUUCUGUGCCCGCAAGGUCUCCGCUGUCUCUGGUGAUGCUCGCAAAGCUCUGGACGUCUGCAGACGUGCUGUGGAGCUGGUGGAGCUGGAGGUGCGGAGCCAGACCCUGCUCAAACCACUGCCCAAGGGUGAAUCCCCAGUGUCCCCUGUUCCCAGACGUGUGGGGCUCCUGCAUGUCUCCCGUGUCAUCUCAGAGGUGUUUGGGGACCGGCUGGCAGCAGGGGGCCAGGGGUCCCGGGACACCUUCCCCCUGCAGCAGAAGGUGCUGCUCUGCUCCCUGCUCCUUCUUGCCCGGCACCGGCAUGCCCGGGAGGUGACACUGGGGAAGCUCCACGACACUUAUAGCCAGGUCUGCCGGCGGCAGCAGCUCCCUGCUGUGGACCAAGCAGAGUGUCUGUCCCUUGUCACCCUCCUGGAGUCCCGUGGUGUUCUCGAGCUGAAGAAAGCCAAGGAGGCCCGGCUGGCCAAGGUCUCCCUGAAGAUGGAGGAGGCAGCAGUGGAGCACGCGCUGCAGGACGUGGUGCUGGUGGGCAGCAUCCUGGCCCAGGGGCUGCAUUAACCCCCUGGCAUCCCCCUCCCUCCCCACAGUCUCUUGGGGCAGACUCUGCUUGCAGUGUGAUUUUGAUGGUGUCUGGGUGGUUUGGCCAGGCUGUGGUAGGAGGAGGGAAAUGACUUCUGUAGGGCUUUGCUGCUGUUUGUUGUGUCCCUCUCUGGG